AAGACCACUUAGGAAAAACGAAAACUCGAUUCUUUCAUAAUAUGAAAUAAAAUUGAUAACUCAAUAAAUCUUGUAUUAAAGCAGUAUAUUUCAUACUGAAAGUAACUGCCGUCUCUCAAAAAAUUGCAUAGUAAGUCAUCUUACAUACGUAAAAAAAUUAAUAUCUCGAAAAAAUUUUCCAAUUGUUGUGUCAACGUAAUAAAUCGUUCACUCAAGAACAUUCAACAAGAAGGUCUUGCAUCUAGAUCGAGUGGUAGCGAUCGUUACAUAAAGAAUAAGAGCACUAGCAGCAUUUCCACACAAUUUUGGUUGUAUAGCAAAGGAUUAGAGGAUAUAUAGAAUUAGAGUUUGUUCUUGGUGUUUCUCAAGAAUUUCUUGUUUGUCUUGGUCGUAAGUCUUCGCGUUUAAUAACUACUACAAAAGAGAAGUUCGCUGUAAUCCAGAAACUCUUUUCAUCUUGUUUUUUAUCACUACGUAGUUAGUCUACUUUCAAAGAAGGAAUAAAGUUGUAAUCUCUUCAAACAUCUUCAAAUAAGAAGAACUCACCGGCGUCGUCGAUCUCGCAGAAGACAAGCAGGUAAGCCCCGAACUACGAAUACUUAGAAGUUGUAAAAAUUAUAAGGCUGCAUCAUCUUCAACCUCAUCUCGCGUUCCAUCCAGACAGGAACAAGACAGCGGCAAAAUGGAAGGCGGCAUCUUCGUCAACUUGCCGAACGGGCAGCCCUUUUAAGGCUGGAGUUGACCACUGACAUUUAAUUUCUUUGCUACUGUUAGUUUUUGUGUCUCAUCUUGUUCGACGAACAAGAUUCUUACUUUCGUUAUAUUCUCUUUAUCAUUUUUGGCUUAUGUUAUUUAUUUUGCAAGGAAGUGGCACUCUCUCUUCAAAGUAGAGCGUGUAGAGCUAUAUACAAUGAAUACUGAACGAAUUAUCAACUCUACAAAGUCAAUUUAUGAGAAAGUCUAAUGCCUGUCCGUGACUUCUGCAGAAAUGGAUAUCAUGCAGAGCGCCUUGGAGAGCCUCUAUCGCGAUCAGAUUUUUUAUGGUUAAAGUUUUUCGAUUUUUUUAACUCUUUGAAUAAAAAGCAGCAGGCUUUAUUUUUCUUUUCGAAGUGCGUUCUUGCGCAUCUCGGCUUAGCUUCUUGGCACUAUGCUACUGCUAGCUGGACUUCAAGACGCUUACUCUUUCCGGCGCUAGCUCAUGACCACAAAAAAAUAACUAUCACUGGCUCCAACUAAAUCACACUCUUUUCGACUCUUUUCGACUAUGUAGGGCCCUAUCUUCCCAUACAAAUGCAAACUGAAGAAGUAGCAGGAAAGAAGUGCCCAUGCUAAUUAGAUAGAAAGAUCAGCUACCUCAAGAAUGGGCACACUACUACCACUACUACUCUCUUCCCAUACAAACAAGCUUAUCUCUACUUUCUCUUCCUUCAUACUUUUCCGGACGAAAAAACGGUGAAAGCCCGCCUCAAAACUUUCAACGUUGGAAUGAUGAUCGAGGCCCAUUUCGUGGAGAUUUAUAAGAUCCAACCGGCUUACCUUGUGGCCGCGGAUGCCAAUGGAACAAUCUGCAUCCAGUUCAAAAAUGGCUAUCGAGGUACUCACUUUUUUUUUCUUGGUUUACUUUUUAGUUUGUUCUUUGUUUGGUACCAGCCACCAAAGCAUGAAUAAAUUGAAAAGUAGCCGCUACUUUUCAAUUUAUUCAGAUUGUUGUCUUCAUUUCGUAUUCUUCCUUAUUAGGCAUCACGGUAUCGGCAUCUUCGUAGCACUGCUCGUCUGCAAGGUCUAUCAAUCAGUUAAGAAAUCAAUCAGCCUCGAUUUUUCAUCUUCAUCUUUUCGUCUCCAAUAAUUUCAUCAGGCUUCGAGGGUUGGGUGGACCCCUGUAACAACAGCAAUCCAUACCCCCACGCCAUGUGGCAGAAGUUUGAAGAAUAUCUUCGCGAAAUGAUGGACGACAUUCACACAAAGCAAGGGCUUAAGACGGUGACCUUUCAUCGCGGACGCUAUGGGAUGGCUCAGGAUUUGUACUAAUAUUUCAUUCUUCCCAUUCUCACUUAUUGCAAUAUUAUUCAUCUUGAUCUUGUACAAACCUACUCCCUUGCACUGUCAACAUCACUCAGUCACAAGGACAUAGUUCAGCCCACCACUCCUUAUCUCAGAUAUGGUCGGCGAUUGCCGUUUUUUCAGGGAUAUUCUCUAGGCAAGGUGUGCCACAUCGUUGAAUUGGCAAUCCAGAGGGACCUUCUCCACUACGAAAACAAUCUGCUGCUUCCUGCUCAAGCAUGUGGAAAGUACCACAAUGGUACUAGUAAUUAUCUACGAAGAAUCUUCACCAAUUGAUUGAAAUUGAUGCUCGCGCUUGCUUGGUGGCGGUAGUUGGAUUGUAGUGCUGUUACAAAUGAUUAUACCUGGUUGUAUUAGAGCAGCAAAGUACUUCUGACUCUAAAUCCUAUGUUCCGCGUUCCUCGUGGCGUCGACUCGUGUCCGUUCAAAAUCAAAUCCUGCUAGAGUAGUAUCUAACUCUACAACUUUUCAAGAUUUUUAGUCCUAACAACCGAACGGACCAUCUUCAGCCAUCUACGGAGUCCCGACUGCUUCUUCGGCUAAUGCCAAGCAUCAAGAGCAGGGCUACGUGAAGGAUAUGAACGAACUCAAGGCUAUUUUGUCGGAUUUGCUUCGGUAUCUAUUAUUUGACUUGUUUUAUCUUUAUUCUUCUAGGAUAGCAUAGUCCUUGUUUGAGUAGGUCACCUGAGUGGCCUUCGAGCGCCGUCUUCUAGCAGGAGUAGAAGCUUUAUUACUUCUAUGCAAAAAGAUGUUUUCUUAUAUAUUACAGCAGCUCUAUCAUUUUUGACUUUUUGAUCUCAAUCAACAACUUUCAGCUUUCAGAUUUUAUUGGAUCUAUCUCAACUCACCCCCAAUGUUCCUCAUCACAGCAAAUAUCCGGAUGGAUUCAAUUUGUCUACUCUCAAGACGAAGAUUAAAGGCUGGCACGGAAAACGAUUGUCGGAGACCGUCUUUCACGAGACCAAGUUGCUGACAUUGGUACAGAUGCCACCGCUGGACAACAUCGUCAAGAUUGUCAAUUAUGGAAAUACUUUUGGUUUGUCUCCUGCAGUGAAGACUGCGGUACUUACACGACUUAGUGUAGUUCUAGAGUAUAAGUGAAAAUAGUCUUAAGGGAAGUCAGAGCUGUAAGGUUCUAUCAUUUGGCUUCGCAGUGUGAGCUUAAAAAUCGUACCGCUCUGGAGUUGCAGUCAGAAUUUUACCGGCGCUAUCGUCUUCUUUUUCAUCCUCACCCUACUACUCCCAUUCUAAUUCUCAUUGCAAGGAAAUUGCGGAUACCUCUGUCAACCCGCUACCGAGUUGAUGGCGCAGAUCGUGGCAGAUCGCAAUAACGCCAGAAAAACCCAGCAGCAGCACUAUGGUUAUGGCCUAUAUUUUUUGCGAAAGUCCUCAGUGGGUAUCUUUUUCUAUAAGGUCAUCAUCUAUGUAUUUAUUGGGUGGAGUGAAAUGACACCAACAAAGCAAACUUUUCAGGAAUGAAGUCACUGCCUCAAGAAUGUCAUUGUUAAAAAAUGUUGCCAAGUAUUGUAAGAGACAGUAACCCACAAUAUCACGCUGACUUUGAUCUUAGUUGCCUUGUUUCUUCUCUUUCUCCCCUUCUCUUCCUCUCUAAUCUCCUCAAGGACAUCAUCUUCAAGCUGAUUAUUAUUAUGGCGGCGGCCGUGCCCAUCAGCACAACCACUCUACUCGUGGAAGCUACAGCAACGCUCAGCAGCACUAUUUAAGGCUUGAGCAAAUCCAUCCCAUCUUCCCACCCCAGCAUCAUCUUAAUUCUUCCAUCCUGUUUAGAGAGAAAACAGGAGGCAGAGCAUCAUCUUAAUUCUUCCAUCCUGUUAGUUUAGAGAGAAAACAGGAGGCAGAUGGAUUUUUGCAAGAUGGAUGGCCUUUGCAAGGUUUAAAGUAUGCCCCUCAUCAGCAGUACAACUACGGAGGACACGGACACCCUCAAUACGUAGUCUGUGGUCAUCAGGGUGGACAUGGUGGGUACAACCGAGCUCAUCAACGAAACAACGACUAAGGCUUCCCGUAAUUCCUGAUCUUAAGAGGCAUCUUCGCCACGUCUUCAAGGGGAAAACGCGUCAAAGAUGACUUUCAAGAUGAAUUUAGGCAAGUUCUUCUAAAACAACUACAAUAAGGGCGGCCACAAUGGAGGCUACAACACGCAUCGCAAUGCCCCACCUACUGCAGCCAAAAAGAGCCACUACCAAACUCCUCGUCGUGCUAACCCUUCCACUCUUGGAGGAGCAACCUCUGUACUUUUAUGCUUUUAGCUUUUGAUUCGAUUUUCUCUUCAAUAAAAAAAAUUUGUACAAUGUCGCGAUGGAUCAUCGUGAAAAAUGCUGAUCAAGUAGGUAUGACGUCUUGCUUGUGGCGAUCAUUUGUGGCACAGAAGAACAGAGGACUUAUUCUUGUCCAAGCAUAUUAGAUCCUGAUCAUAUGAGUUUGAAGUAGCCUCCCGUCAACAAAGCUAUUCCAGACUGGACCUUCUUUAACCUGUAGCGGGAGAACUUUGUUGAGACUACUGUCUGUGAUAACCCUAAACCCUAAACCCAACCCUAUAUCCAUCUCGACUCCUAUUCUUCAGUCGUCGCCGCAUCGUAGUCCCAGUCAAAUGUUGGCUCCUAGUAAUCCACCUAUGCUGUCGUUGUCGACCACUCCGAUUCCGUAUGAUGCGGCAGCCAGCUACUAUCCCAGUCAACCUCUCAACUACAAUUGGUUGGGACCUAAGGUAGUAGGUUGCUCCAGCUUUAUCCCUUCUUAUUUCGUUAUAUGAGGUUCAAUUUCGUCAUUUUUGGUACUUGUGGGAGAGAAAAUGAAUCACAUGAUUUGAGUGAUAGAGUAGAUCAUGGACAGAGUAACUUAUAACGUUUGCCAGCUCGCAUGGUGCAUGGAUUGCAUGGAGCGCAGAUCUCUAAGGGACGCAAGAAGCGCCCCCUUUAGCUCCAUGCAGCUCCAUGGGAUUCCGGUACUUGUGCUCAUUGGAUCCAUCUGCUCAUCUCCAUCUUCUCUAGUAUCAAUUCUCUCCCCUCUCUCUUUUCUCUCAGUCUGCUGGAGGGGGAAAUAUCUGGUCACCGGCUCCGGUGCUGUCUCUGCCAUCCUCCGGGUAGACGCAGCGCGUCGUGUGGGCAGUUUGGAUGGGGGAUCGGAAAAAGCUAGUAAAGUGGAAAACUAUGUUGAGGAGGAUGCUCAGAUAUUGAGCAGGGUGAGGCAAGGGGUUAUGGGAGGGCGUGCAAACGAGGGGAAAGACAAAGAAACUGAAAUAUCGAGGGUUGGUAAGAGGUAUUUCUAGUUUGAAAACGAGAGGAUAUUAGGGUGGGUUAUCCAUGCUUCUUCUAGUUUUCGUUUAAGUACAACAAGUUCAAGUUGUUCGUAUUAAAAUAGGACUAGUUUGGUAGAUAUAUUGGAUGCUCGAAAUGAAGGAGUGUAGGCCGAGCGUGCAGAAGCUGCCAGCUUUUUCCAUGAAUAAAGUUGCCCUAAUUAAUCCGUUCAGAAUAUUUAGGAUAAAUUGUUCUCUAAUAUGUAUCGUAGUCCGUCACAUCUACUUCGUACUUCCUUUCAGGUAGAUUCUACCUAGAAGCAGAGGGGAAGGACAAAGCUUCAUAUUCGUGUCUUAAUUCUUCAAAUAAAUACUAAACGUGUGGUUGAUCAACAUCGAUCGUUCGACAUAGUAUCUUUUUACUUUCGCAGUUCUUGUUAGAAGCUCUCACCAAUGUUGUACAUUUCUCGGUUCUUGUUGGAAGGGACGACUGAUAUAAGUACGUAGAAAGUAGAUAUUAAUGAUUGACUCAUCAACACGAUGGCGUCACCUUCUGGUUCUUAAUGAUAGAAGUAGUCUUAAACUUAAACAAACAUGUUCGUCUGAAACUCAAUAAUUGAAGCCGUCGACGUUGAGUCCUAGGGUAACCAUACACAUGGAAAUCCAGGACACUCACUACGUGGUCUAAGAUCUUAAGAUACUUUGGCAUUUAGUCGGGGAGCCAGACGGCGUUCGGUCAUGUCGACGAUAUCAUUAUCAACUUCUGACCACUCCGCAACCAUAUCCAACAAAACUUGGAUGAAGCUCUGAGGAUAUGAAUCAUAGCAGGCAAAAAGCAGGCCUCCUAAGGUGUCCUUGCUCUACUAAGGGUCUAUUUUUGGUACUGAAAAUAUUCUUGUUUCGAAUAGAGGUGGUACUUGCUAGUGAGUACUAGCCAGUAAUACGUGCUCACUAGUAGUAGUUUAAAUGAUUCGAGGAAGUAUUUGAAGAUGCACUAGUGCUAUCAAACCAAGUAUUCCAUGAAACUUUUCUCGUAGGAACUUACCUACCACAGGCGCGUACCGAAAGAGUAUCUUAUUUGAGGUACCUAGGUACUCGUCACGUAGCUGACAGAUGAAGGUUGGCGCUACUUCUCGAAGUGUUGGUCGUGAUGGAUGUAAGAGCAGUUACAUGAACAAGAACAUUAUUCACUAGCGGCGCUUGCGAGCGCGGCACGCGUGAUGCGGUAGGGUCGCGCGGCGCGAACAUAAUAAUAAUAAUAAUAAUCUAACUACUUCUUACUAGAGAGACAACAAGCUAAGCGAGCCGACUAUCAUAGAUCUCAUCUUCUGAAAUGCAAAGGGCGGAAAUAGUGAGGGUGCCAAAAAAAGGAAAAGGAGAAGGAAAAAAGGAGGAGAAGAUGGAGGGGGAAAAAGAAAGUGCAAAGCAACAAACUAAUUAAAGUGUCUUACAUACCCCACGAUUGGGUACACUACUACUACUACUACUACUAGUACUAAAUAUAAUGAGGUGAACGACGACAGGCAAAGGGGACAAUAGAACGCAAACUAGUACGCUGGAUGAUUGGUCAUAUACAGGUAUGCAAGUCUUAAUAUUUCGUAGUUACGUGUUCGUGUAAAUUGCACACCCUUACGAGUUACGACGGACUACGUCGAAGCAAUGAAGACCGACGAACAAGAUGCACAUAUCAAGUUAAUAUAGCCUAAGCGAAGACACUGCCGACGCUAGUAUCGUCUCGGGAAGGUGGAAGUGAAAUGCAAGAUAACUAAGUCUAAGGAGGGUAAUACUAAUAUAAGAUAGGUAAGCAGGUAAGGCAUAAAAGAUAGUGCGGUGAGGUUAGCGUUAUAUCCGCAUUUUCGUGUGUCUGUGUCUAGUUUCUGAGAUUGUUUUCCCCCUUUUUUUGCUGAAACGAAGGUGCAAUUUGAGUUUGUUUCGAUCGUUCAUUCUUGUCCGAAUGAUUCGAUCCAGGAAGUCCUCAUUCAAGGUACGUACGUAAAAGUAACAGAUGACUGUGAUUCGGCUUGUUGACGCAGGACCUGCAUGUGCGCGAGCAGAUAAACCGGUGAUCCAUUUUUAUUACCUUUUCAUCAGACUAGAAAAUGGCUUCGGUUUAUCUAAUAAUGGCUCCACUAGAACUAGAUAAGAUAGACCUCCAUAAGUACCAGAGGACCUCGACUACAACCAUAACAUGGUUUUGAUAUUUGGGCAUCCAAUUUCUUAUUUCUAGAUAUGAAAGCUAAAGUAGCUGUCUUCACAAAGAAAGGAGAUAUGUAAUCAAAGGCUGUCUUACUACCUUCAAGUUUGUUAGGAGCUUCGAUCAAGGUGUACUUCUUGAACUACCUUUUGCGUCUUUUGUUGUCAAAACUUAUCUCUCCAACAGGAACAGGUAAAUAAGGAGACGAGGGGGAAGUGCCGGAAGAGCAGGGGAGGGGAUGAAAGACGGGAGAGGCAGGGGAGAUGAGAACAAGAAGAGAGGGGCGCCAGAAGCGAAAGGGCCUGAGGGAUGGGAGGGUGGAGGAACCAAGAAAAAGGCGAGCGCGGACAAAACUAAACACGCGAAAAAGGCAAGCAACGACAGCAGAGACACGCAAGCGGCACGCCGGUCGCAGAUCUCAAGACGAUAAUCUACUUGCGCCGCGCUGCCCUUGCAAAAAUUUGGGGGGGGAGGCGGGGGGGCGGUCUCAAGGACGCGGCAAAGCUCUCCUGGCCGGCACAUUCGAACAAGGGAAGGCCACAAGCGGCCGCACCUCUAGGAUUUUGACAACGAAGAGCAGAGGCCCGCCCCCUCGCUCUGAGAUCGACAGCGCGCGGCCGUUCACGAUGGUUGGAAUGCCACACGCAGCGAAGCCACCGCCGAGCGACUGACAGGCCCCAAGCGUGCGCACUUCCUCCAUCGCUUGGGGCGCGUCCUCCUUGCUGGCGCUUGGGUCUUGGUGGAGGAGCGACUGAGACAGCAAAGACCACACGGCGCAACAACUUGCACCAGCGGCCGCAUACCAGCGCCGCCGAGCGGUGCUCGCCUUUGUCUCCUUGCCGCCUCAGGCUGGUCGCCCCCGGCCAGGGAUGGUAGCUGCGCUGAGCCCCCCGGGGGCACUCAGUCGCCAGUGAAUACGGGCGCCCAGUCGCUUCCCUUGGCACUGCCGCCCCGCCUUCAAGGCACAACCGUGGCAAGCCUGCCGGGGCACCAAGGAAGAUGCCGAAACAAAAGGCCCCCCAUCCAAGCGUGCGCCUUCCCUCGAGAGGAUUUCCCGUCUCCUGACUAUCACCAGGUAGGCGCCUCACAUUCGCAACCUUUGGCAUAAAAAUUAUCGCGGCUGCGACUUGGUUCAGGGUGGCAGAAAAAAAUUCCACCCCGGACCGGUUUGGGUGGGGGAUAAGAUAAACUAGCAAAAACCUGGACCAGGGUGGGAUAGAAGCCAAAUCAAGGGAAAAAUUUGCCAGCGUUCCACCCUGAACCAGAGCGGGAGCCAGCCUGAACCAGAUCCACCCUCAGGCGCUGCAUGUAUAAAAAGGACAAGUCUAAUAAACUGUGCGCGACCCCAGAUGGAAGCGACACAAUGUCAAGAAAGAUGUCAGAAAGAAGAUGUGAAGCGGAUGCAUUGUGCCUCGGUCGUCGUCAGAAGGUGAAAGAUGCAAAUGGACAUCGGUCGUAAUUAAUGGCACGACUUUUGUAGUCAUCGCCUCGGCUAUUGUCGCUGACUUUCGUAGUCACCCAUGAACCAUCAUCCUCGGAGGCGAGCAGCAGGUGCCUGUGGGGCUCGUUGUGAAGGGCCUGCAACCUAACCACUAACCUCUAACCGAUAGAUAUCUUUUCAGACUUUUUUCGUUGCUUUUGCUUUUGUGUGUCUUGUUCAUCUAGUAUCAUUGAUUUCUUCGCGAUCUUGAUUGACGUCAAUGCGAAUGAAUUUCUAAUUUCUAGAUUGAAAAACGUCUUGAAGAUUUGUUCAAUUUCGUUCAUAUUCUUAUAAAAGAAAUCUGAACCAUGAAACAAGAUGUUGACUGACGACACCUCUCAUACGUAACCAUUGAUUUUCUUGGAGCGUCAGCAUGUCAGCAAGCUCUGGCAUCCUCUUGAC